CAGUUAGCGUAUAGAAAGGCUGCCAAAAUGGCGACGCAGUCGGUGCAGACUUUCGGCCGCAAGAAGACAGCCGUGGCCGUGGCGUACUGCAAGCAGGGCAACGGUCUCAUUAAGCUCAAUGGCCAGCCCUUGGAGCUGGUGAAGCCUGAGGCUCUGCGCUUCAAGGUCUUUGAGCCUAUCCUGGUGAUUGGCCGCCAGAAGGUCAAGAACCUGGACAUCCGCCUGCGCGUCAAGGGUGGCGGUCACGUUUCGCAGAUCUACGCUCUGCGCCAGGCUAUUGCCAAGGCUGUGGUUGCCUUCUACCAGAAGUACGUGGACGAGCAGAGCAAGCAGCAGAUUAAGGAUGCCCUUCUUCAGUUCGACAGGACGCUGCUGGUGGCUGACCCCCGCCGCUGCGAGCCCAAGAAGUUCGGUGGUCGUGGUGCUCGCGCUCGGUUCCAGAAGUCUUACCGUUAAGCGGUAUGGCUCUGCAGCCGUGGGUGGCAUGCACGGGAUCCCCAAGGUAUCACUGCGUGGUUGGAAACCCGCGGCCUGGGGGCGACGUACUAGCGGUGUCUGGGUUAUUCCCGUAGGCCCCUGGCGUGGCUGGUGGCCGUGGCGUUGUGGCUGUACCAUGUGGCUGCCUGAGCCAGUGCGGCGCAGGGCGGCCAGUGCACGGUGUUUCUCGCGGUCAGCCAGGGAGAGUGGUGUUCGUCUGGACGCCGCAGUCCAGUUGUAACGAAAGAAAAGACCGUGCAUAUGUUUGUCGUUUUGUGCCUGUGCUUUUGGGCAAUAACGCAGCUGCUAUGUAAUGAAAUGAAGCCGGCG